ACUGGACCGUAGCCGUAGGCCAUUGAAGAUUAUGACUUUUUGGCAAACAAAUUCAACGGCCCAAAUCCCAUUUGUUUCUUCCACCUCCGAAAUGAGCACAUGGUGUGGAGACCAUGUCAUCACCUCCUCCAAUUAACCCCCAGUCUGGGUCUCAGAGCCACUGACCCACCGCUGCAAACGAAAGAGACGAUGCUUCCAGCUUCCAACUUCUCACCUUCAACUCACGCCAAGCUCUGAGAGAGAGACCCUCUCUCCUCUCUCCUCUCUCAAAAACCCAAAUGGAAAGCCUCCUACAUUUUCCAAUUCCAAUCAGAGCCAGCAACCACCACCACUCUCUUCUUCUGAGUCAUCACCCCACCACAACUCGACUCAACUCGCCCUCCUCCCCAAAACCCAUCAUCCGCGCUCCCCUCUUUCGCUUCAAACCCCUUCCUCCUCUCCGCAAUUCCACCACUCUCCGAUGCACCGCCUACGCAUGCGAUCACGAUCACCACCACCACGACCAUCACCACCACCACCAUCAUCAUCAUCACCAUGGCUCUGAUGAGCUCACCGGACCUCAGAAACAGUUCGUCCGAUUCGCCAAGGCAGUACGUUGGACCGACCUCGCCGAUUUCCUCAGGGAGCACUUGCAGUUGUGCUUCUGCUCCACCACUCUCUUUCUCGCAGCCGCUGCCUGCCCUUAUUUGAUGCCCAAGCUCGCCGUGAAGCCUAUGCAGAACGCUUUCAUACUCAUCGCUUUUCCUCUAGUAGGGGUCUCUGCUGCACUUGACGCGCUGACAGAUAUUAGUGGUGGGAAGGUGAACAUUCAUGUAUUAAUGGCUUUAGCGGCCUUUGCUUCCGUGUUCAUGGGGAAUGCACUGGAAGGAGGGUUACUGUUGGCAAUGUUCAAUCUUGCUCAUAUCGCUGAGGAGUAUUUCACCAGUCGUUCCAUGAUCGAUGUGAAAGAGUUGAAAGAAAAUUAUCCGGAUUUCGCUCUUGUGCUUGACAUCAAUGAUGAAGAACUUCCCAAUACAUCUAAUUUGGCGUACAAGCAGGUUCCUGUGCACGACAUACAAGUGGGGUCGUUUAUCUUGGUCGGAGCUGGCGAGUCUGUGCCUGUAGAUUGUGAAGUUUUCCAAGGUAAUGCCACCAUUACCAUUGAGCACUUGACAGGAGAAAUUAAACCAUUGGAGACAACAGUUGGAGACAGGGUACCUGGUGGUGCAAGGAACUUGGAUGGCAGGAUAAUAGUGAAGGCAACAAAAACUUGGAAAGAGUCAACCCUUAGCAGGAUUGUGCAAUUGACUGAAGAAGCACAACUGAAUAAACCAAAGCUUCAGAGGUGGCUGGAUCAGUUUGGCGAGCAAUACAGCAAGGUGGUUGUAGUUUUGUCAGCUGCUAUUGCUCUUCUUGGUCCAUUCCUAUUCAAGUGGCCAUUUAUUGGUACAUCAGCUUGUAGAGGGUCAGUUUAUAGAGCAUUGGGCCUCAUGGUGGCAGCAUCACCAUGUGCUUUGGCUGUAGCUCCGUUGGCAUAUGCUACUGCAAUUAGCUCCUGCGCAAAGAAGGGGAUAUUGCUGAAAGGUGGCCAUGUGCUAGAUGCUCUAGCUUCUUGUCACACAAUUGCAUUUGAUAAAACUGGGACCUUGACAACUGGGGGGCUAGCGUUCAAAGCAAUUGAACCAAUUUACGGGCACCGGAUGACAAACAAUAUAUCAGAUUUUUCUUCCUGUUGUGCCCCCAGCUGUGAAAAGGAGGCCCUUGCUGUUGCUGCUGCAAUGGAGAAGGGCACCACUCACCCUAUUGGAAGAGCUGUGGUAGACCAUAGUGAAGGGAAAGACCUUCCUUCUGUUUCUGUUGAGAGUUUCGAGUACUUUCCAGGCAGAGGACUAAUUGCUACUCUCAAUGGCAUAGAGUUAGGAACUGGAGGGGAUAAACUGUUGAAAGCAUCUCUUGGUUCAGUAGAUUUCAUCACCUCACUUUGUAGAUCGGAGGAUGCAUCAAAAAAGAUCAAGGAAGCUGUGAAUGCAUCUUCUUAUGGAACUGAAUUUGUUCGUGCUGCUCUUUCAGUCAACGAAAAGGUAACGCUGAUUCACCUUGAGGACAGGCCUCGACCUGGGGUCUCGGAUGUCAUAGAAGAGUUACGAGAUGAAGCCAAGCUCCGUGUAAUGAUGCUGACUGGUGACCAUGAGUCAAGUGCAUGGAGAGUUGCAAAUGCCGUAGGUAUCAAUGAAGUUUAUUCUAGCCUGAAGCCUGAGGAUAAGCUGAGUCAUGUUAAGGAUGUCUCAAGGGAUAUGGGUGGAGGUCUGAUAAUGGUGGGUGAAGGUAUUAAUGAUGCUCCAGCACUUGCAGCAGCCACUGUGGGGAUAGUCCUUGCCCAACGUGCUAGUGCAACUGCCACAGCUGUUGCAGAUGUAUUGUUGCUGCGGGACAAUAUAUCGGUUGUACCAUUCUGUAUCGCUAAGUCUCGCCAAACAACUUCCCUGGUGAAGCAGAGUGUAGGCCUUGCUUUAUCUUGUAUAGUUUUGGCCUCUCUUCCAUCUGUUUUAGGAUUUCUUCCCCUCUGGUUAACGGUUCUAUUACAUGAAGGCGGUACCCUUGUUGUUUGCCUCAAUUCUAUCCGUGCUCUAAACCACCCAACAUGGUCCUGGAGGCAGGAUUUGUGGCAUUUGGUUUGCGAACUGAAAUCUAGACUCGUAUUACCGAAGAAACUCAAUACCAGCUCAAACACUGCCCAACCUGCAGUUGAGCAACUUCGGCACUCUCACCCCUUAUAAUUCUUUUAGCAAGUUGGUAUAUAGCAAAGGACAAGGGCAAGGGCAAGCUAAUCCAAAUACAUUUAUGUAUAAACAGGAGAACCGUCAUAAUCUCUUGUAAGUGAAUAUUAUCUUGUCAAGAGUCCGAUAUUUAACCUGUAAUUAGUUUUGGUUUCGGGUCGAAUUGCCUAAUUUGUCGACAGAUCAUUACAAUUUCUUCUGUAAAGCUUCGGACAUUCAAUUUGUAUGUUUAAUUUAAACCCUAGAAAGCAAUAAAUCAGUCAUUCAGAGAAGAGAAAAAAAGAAGAGACUUGGGGAGAAAUUCAUUGACCAAAAUAUGAAGAUAGAUCAUCUUAAAGUUUAUAGAGAAUUUUACAAGUUAUAGUAAGUUGCGUAGAAAACUUGGCGACGGCUGAGAUAGAUAGUCAUGUUUGACAUGUUCCCAUGUAUUGCUCUCCAAACAACCUGUUUUUUCGUUACCUAAUCCAAACUUACAACUCAGUGCAUGGAGCUGUCGCCUUUUGCUGACAUGGUUCAACAACAUAACGGGAUAACGAAACUUGCAUGUUAAUUUCUCGUUUUUAACUGCAAGUGCUUCUUUACCUACCAACUUUCCAACAAAAUAUCAACGUUUCAAAACCACAAAUUACAACCGACUUAUAUCUCAAGUGGUCAAAAGAACAUUUAACUUUAUACUCCAGACCCUAAUUUCAUUUCUCCCUUUUCUCCAAUAUUGCCUGUCUCAAACAAUAAAAAAAUAAAAAUACAAACCACAAAUUUUUGUCCCACCCGAGACCUUAAUUUUGAGAAGAAAUUUUUUUCCUUACCCAAUAAGUAAACGUAGUGAAUCGUUCUCCCCACCAAAACUGAAAAACGAUAAAAAGAGGUUGCUUUUUUUUACUUGUUUUGCUUAGACUGGUCACGCACCUAUUCUGUUGUAUUAUAGGGUAGGUACUAGGCCAUUAGCUGUCACAUAAACCCCCUGUAUUUUCAGUCUGAAGAAUCGUGGUUCAAGAUUACUGAAAUGGCCUCUACAUUUUGUACGGACUUACCAGAUAGAAUUUCUUCUGUGUGGCAGACUCUUUUGGUUUGGUGGUUUUUGGGUCUUACUGCUUUUUAGUUUGGAUCUUUAAACAGGUGGCUCAGAACUCAGUCAGAACCCUUUUUUCCUUUUACUUAUUUCAGAUUAUAUAACAUAAGCAGGAAAAAUAAACCCAAAAUAUUCAAGAGGACGAGAAAUAAGAUUGAAAUUUCGGGGAUUCUUUUUUUUUCUUCUUUUUUUUCUUUUCUUUUUUUAAUGAAGUUGCAUGUUGUUUUUCGAUGAACAAGGCCCAAAAGUUCCCUUCCCUCUUGGAUUGGAUGCCCACUUUCAGACCUCUCUCUCUUCUCCAACACCAUAUCUUCUUCCUCAUCUCAGUCUCUCUCAUUACUCUCCCUCUGUACAUUGACCAUAAUUAUUAUUUCCCCUAAUAAUUAAACCCAAAGAAAGCAAAAGGAAAAAAAAAA